CGGGAGGCGGCAGCCGGGGCGCGCCCCGCCGCGGGGCCGGCGCCCGCCGGAGGAAGCAUUUGUCGAUACUGUCCAUCACUGGGACAUCAAGCUCUACAGAGACUCUUAAGACGCAGAAGCUGUGCUUGGCACAGAUGCUGGCCUUCUCCCAGUGGUAGCCUCUUCAUCCCCAGUGACACCAGCUCCUGCUACUAUCAUGGGACCAGACAGCAGCUUCCUCAGCAGCGGACGGAUCCACGUCAUCCUGUGGGGAAGCUUGGCAGCUGUAACAACGCUCUUAUUCCUCACCUUCCUCAUCUUCCUCUGUUCCAGCUGCAACAGGGAAAAGAAGUCCAAACAUCAGAAUGGAGAUCAUGAAAAUCUGAUGAGUGUGCCUUCUGAGAAGGAGGUGUUCAGCCACUCCAUCACCAGCUCCGCCACGGAGCCGCCGCCCAGCAGCGAGCAGAACGGCGCGCUCAGCAAUGGCGAUGUGCUCUCAGAGGACAGUACAACUGCCUGUAUCCAGCCUUAUGAAGAAGUACAAACAUCUAUUUCUGAUCUGCUAGAACAGGAUAGUCUUGGGAAAUCCUUAAAAUGUCACCAGAGCCGGGAACUACCCAGUAUUCCCCCUAACAAUACCAUGGAGACCAUCAUCUCAGCUAGAAAUGCUGAAAAUGAUCAAGGUCUUGGAAUGGAAGGGCCUUACGAAGUCUUGAAAGACAGCUCCUCUCAAGAGAACAUAGUUGAAGACUGCUUGUAUGAAACUGUGAAGGAAAUCAAAGAUGUUGGAGCAGCAGCCAACAUGGAAAGAAGCUGCAACAGAAAGUCAGCGGCUUCAAUGAUGGUUACUGAAGGUCAGGAUCAGAUUCCUGAGUGCAGAAUUGAAUCAGCAGAGUAUGCAUCUGUUGACCGAAAUAAAAAAAGUCGCCAAAGUGCUAAUUCAGAAAGCCCUCUGGACAACACACCAGAUGUAGAGGAUGAGCUUCCUCCUCCAGUACCCAUGAAACUUCUUGAUGAAAAUGAGAAUGUGCAAGAGAACGAAGUGGAUGAAGGAGAAGGGACAGAAGGAGCAAGUAAACCAGAGAAGAGGCUUAGUUCGAUGUCUUACAAGUCUCGAGAGGAAGAUCCAUCUCUUACAGAAGACGAAAUCUCAGCCAUGUACUCUUCGGUGAGCAAGCCAGGACAGGCCAUCAGGGCAAUGGAUUCUCCUUACACCUGUAUUCAAGAAAUCACAUCUCAGAGGUCCCCGUCAGUUUGCAGCGGCCUCUAUGCGAGUGUGAAGGACUUUGAGAACACCCUCAGUACUACCACUGUGCCUCAGUCGGCGGGCAGGCCCAGCGGGGAGCUGGAGCCCGACUAUGAAGCUAUCCAGGCAGUGAGCCAAGACGAAGACAGGACCUUGUCUGUGCCUCACACAAACCACAUUGCUCUGUCAGGAGAGAAUGACUAUGAGAGCAUAGGGGACUUGCAGCACCACAGGGACAUCACCAGACUUUAACUACUCCGGCAUCCGGGUUUCAGCCUUAGUGUUGUCUGCUGGUGUUUCAAAGGAGCAUGCGAAACAAGAAGAGGGAAGCGCUUCUCAUUAUGAGGAGCAAAGCUAAGUGCAGAACAGAAGAUGUGAAGAAGCCAUGUACGUUUCAAGCGAGCGGAUGAUAUCUAUGGGUGAUUCUGGGCGGUGGACAGAAGCUUACAGGAAGGUUAAUUUUUAUUGUUGGCUUUUUAUUGUUAGUUCCUAGACGGCCAGAAUUCAGGAAGGAGCACUGUGUUUGUCAUCCUGAUAGGGUUACAUACCAAAAAGACUGCCUUUACGCAAAGCUAGCUUUUCAUUUUAGAGGAUUAUUUUGUGUCAGUUGCUUCAAUGUAUUUUUCAAGAAUCGUUUUUCACCACAUUCCGGAAUCCACUGAGCAACUCGCAGACCGCCAUGCCUCAGUCAGGUGGACUCUGAGGGCUGGGAAAGGUGUGUCAGCAUCUCUUGGGGAGCUCUAAUUCAGCCUGGUAGGACCGUGAGGGUUGAGGUGGGGUAGAAUUCCCAUUCCAUUGUCAUUGCAACUAAAGCGUAAGCAACAGUUACUUCAUAUCACAAGGGACAUAAUGCAAAUGUACUUGAAUUAAUUCCGUAGACUUUUUCUCCCUCCCUCCCUCCCUCUCUUCCUCCCUACCUUUCUUCCUUCCUUCCUUUUUCACAUCAGGGGCUGUAGAGUGUGUACUUGCAGUAUUUGAGAUGUGUACUGGUAUUUUUAGGAUUUUCCAUGUAAUUAUUUGUGAAAUACUGUUUUAAAAUGGCAAAUGGAACCCUUAGCAUUCUCGCUCUAUCCCCACAACAUGCACACAUGUACCUGCACAGACACAUGCAAGACAUCCGUCGUGUUGCAGAAGGUUGUACAAAUGAAUAUUACCAUAAUGUUUAGUCUCACCUUAAUAGUGUUGACUCAUCUUUUGAAGAAUUUUGCCCUUUUUUUAAAGACUUAAAGUAUUAUAAUAUGUUUGACUAGUGCAUUAUAUAGGAAAAUUUCUGUGUUGAGUGGAUGAUGUUUUUCAUUUUUACAGCACAUUUUCAUCUUCAAAGCUUUUGUAGGUUAACUUACUGCUUUAUGUAAUGAGAGGAAUCCUGUUCUUUCUUUGGGUUUUAUUGGUUUUUGCUUUAUAUCUUUUUCCUAUUUUAGAAGUAUGUAAAAGAACAAAUCCUGUUUUAUUUUUUUUUAAAUCUUCUUGAGCAGGGUUGAGGAGCACGCCUUGCUGUUUUUAAGCUCAAAAUAAUGGAGUCUAUAUAAAAGAAUACUGACAGAAGGCCAAAAAGAAGGCAGGAGAGUGUAUUUUGUGUGGAUUAGCCACUGGUCAUUCUUGUUCCUCAGCUAGACGGAGCAGGAGAGUCAGAACUGAUGGGACCAAGAACUUCUUGGGGUUCUGACAAACAGUUGGAAAGCCACAGUCUUUCCAGAGAUAUGAAGUUUCUCUGUAAUUGUUGAAAACAAAGUACAGUGCUGAGAUGAAAUAAGCAGGUACUGGACUGAUACUCUUGUUUUCUUCAAGAACAGUACAAUGAACGGUACAGUAAUACAAGAAUAGCCCAACAGUAGAGGAUGUACAUUAUAUUAUAUGCAUCUGUACACAGUUAUGUGUACAUUUUUGUGUGUCCCUGUGUAUACUCACAUAUACAGGUGCUUUGUAAAAAGGCAUAAACUGCGGUCCAGACUGGGUAGCCUUCACAUAACAUUCACAUAGGUACUACUGGCAUGCGCUUGAAGGGUAGUUUAUUUUAAUGCAAGAUAAACAGUACUUAAACAGGGAUUGUCUCAUUCUGUAUCAGCCUAGCAUGGGUUUAGCAUGGGUUCAGUUGGUACUGAGGUUUGAUGCAUGAGAUUGAGACCACUCAGACCACUGGCUAGUGCACAGUGCUUGGUACUAUAAAGGGCAACACAGCUCUGGGUACACACGCUUCCUAGAAGUAAGCUUAUAACUGGAUGAGGUGCAGUGGUUUAUGGACACUGACUGUAAUGACCAUGGCUUUGAGGAGCAGUGCAGUUGGAUGCCCACAGAGGAACACAGACAUCAUGGAGCCCAACCUCACACACAGUGAGGUGACACACCUGGGCCAGGCUCUUCUUUGGAGCGAGGCCAUCCAGUCCAGUCUGCAUCUGCCUUGUUCUUGGUUGUGCUGCCGUGCUUCCACAGCUGCAGCCUUUGCUUCCACCUCACUGCAGUGCUUUUUAAAGCUGACUGUGGUCUUCCUUUCCUGUCAGUGUUCCCUUGAAUGUGAAUUUGUGAAGUUCAUCUUUGACUGUUCUGUUCUUCUGCUUCACAUUGUUUAAGGCCAAAGAGAAAAUGCUUCACAUUUCAGAAGAUCUGUGCUGAAUUUGGAGACUCUUUGGAGAUUUAGCUCCAUGUUUGCUCUUUGCUCCGUGCUCUCUGUAUGUUGUCUCAGUCUGACACCUACAGCAUAGUGGGAGCCAUACCCCACUCUGUGGUUCCCACACACAUCUCAGGAUGCAGUUAUCCUUUAAGGACUAUCGUACUUGUUAUAUGGAUGACUGCUUUUGAAGAAACAGUAGCAACAUGAGGUUUGUCAGGUUCACAGAUGCAAUUUCAAAAAAUAAUAGCAAAGAAAAACAUGGAGGUCUUGCUUUCAAAAUUUUAAGCUGCAAAAGAGAAAAUAAAGCAUCAACCUCAAAGUAAGCCUCGCCAAUAUCAGCGAGUCCAGCAAAGAAGGGCCUGCCUGCUCAUAUUCACUGUCUUUCAGAGCAGAACCAGGAGUGCUGGAUGGGAAGAAGAGCAGUGAGGCUCAGCCCCUUCUUUCCUUUCUUUCCUCUAUUGGGAAAUGCUUUGUCUGUUUCCCCACCCAGCCUCCAACUUUAGGCAGGUGACAUAAUACAACCACUGUUCCUUACAGCAUUCAGUCCCAGCUGCCAUCCCUGAUCUGUUUGUGAUCAGGAUUCAGGCUCUGACCAGGCCAGUUUCCUCUGAACUCCUUGCAGGAGGACUUGCUUUCAGCUCCACAGACCCUCAGCCCGCUCAGGCUCAGGCUCUGGGCUGCUGCACGCAUGGCUGCCCUCACCUCCAGACCCAGUGAGCCAUGAAGGGAAUUACCUCCUGAACAAGGGCAGGUAAGGAGUUACAUCUCUGCAAUCUCCAUUAUGUAGUCUAAUGCUAAAGAAGAAUAUUUUAGAAUUUAAUUCAAGGUUCUGAAAUGAAUAGUUCUAUCACUUGACCUUAGUUUUCGUUUCCUCUCACCAGAAGUAAGAUCUGUUCUUUGGCUGCUAUUGCCAUGCUUCUUUUUCACUAGUAUACCAGGUGGAAAGAUUUUUCCAGCAGCAAUCUUCAAAUACGUUAAUUUUACUGGAAAGAAAGGGGAGUUUCUUCUACUUAUCUCUUCAUUGCCAUUUGUUUCACUUUCAUCAUAUUCCCAAAUAAAAAGGCAACAUGCUGAAUGAGGUAUUUAUUACGUAAUGAUCUUUUCUGGGACAACUUCACAGGUGAUUUCUUUAUCUCCAUUUGUUAGCAUAACUGUUGAAGAAACUCAACUUUUCUGUAGUAAAGCCAAGUAAAGCUGCAAUGUCAGUGUACUUACACUACUGAAAAGAUCAUUUCUGAUUCCCUUCUGGGGACAGGUAGAAAUAGGACAUGCAGUUUGGAUGAACUUCCAUGAACCUGUCUCCUGUGGGACUUCCAGCCACACGCUGAAGCCAGCAGUCCCUUUCUACAAUGACGAGUUCAGAAUCACUUUCUCAGUCACAGUGAAACAUCUGUUUAAGGAUACCUGUGCACAGGCACAAACAUAAUUGCAGCAGUUAGAUCAGCUAUAGUGCCUUUUCUACCAAGUACUUCCAUACUCUUUUUCCACACCAAAAAGAGUGUUUCCUCCAUUUUUUUGUGGGGGAAACAGCUUUGGAAACAGUUGGAAACAGCUUUACAGUCACAUCAAUUGCACUGGACCUCAGUUAGCCUCCGUUUAGCAAUAGCCUCUCACAAACUUCCUUUAGAAAGCCCAGCAAUGUAGCUACGAUAAUUAACUUUGCAAUAAGAAUGAGCAGUCUUCUUUUGAAGAACCGAUGUUGUUCAACAGUGAGUAUUCAGGGAGAUGUGGUCUGUGUCCAUAUCAACUGUGAACAAUUGGCAGCUUCAGUCUUUGUACUGGCAUCAAUUACAGGCUUGCUGGUAUGCAGCAGGCCUUGCAGGGUGGGGGAACUGCAGAGAGGAACGGGUGCUGGGGUUCAGGUCCAUCAGUCACAGAAAGCUGGGCCAUCCCACAAAGCGGCUGGCUGAGGGUCAGCUGCCUUGUUCCUUAGGCCCUCGUGUACUGUGCCUCCAGGGAACCCAUCUUGCCAGGAUUCCUCUGGACUCUGUACUUCUCCAUGGCUCCCUGAACAGCUCCUCUCACUUGUCUUGAUCAAAAUUCUGUAUACGCGGUGCUCUCUGUUCAACCUUUCAAUGGUGCUUUUAUACAAUGCUGGAUAAAUAGGUUCAAUGUGCUUUCUGAAAGCUGACAUGUAAAGCUGUGACACAGAGUGUUCUCUCUAGCAUUUUCUACUUCACAGAAUUUACUGUUAACUGUGUUGCUCUGCAAAUGGCUGUCAGUGCUUCCCUGCUUAUUGCUCACCUUGCUCAGAACUGUCACGCUUAGCAAGCCCAGGUUGGGUGGUAGAGUUCAAAAGCAGCCAUUCAGGUGGAGUACCUUGGCCUGAGAGCAGUUAGAUACAUGGCAGUGUGCAGUGUGGGGCUGGAAACAGCACGGAUCCCAGCUGGAGGGUUUUAUUCUCUCAGCAUGUAUAUAAAUUUGUUUGCACAAUAACUAUAAGAAUUCUAUUUCAGCAACAAACAAUUUAAUUUGGACCAAAUGCCAAACAGGGAUUUCUGCUCUUUGGAACUUAAUAGCAGGUAUUUUAGAACAGUGUUAUUUAUUUAGGUUGGGGCAGUAAGGCUGCUGUAUGCUUUACAAGUAACUUGGUGUGUGUGAGAAUUCUCUAUGGAGAAUUAGAAUGCUGAAAGGUAUUCAAUCUGAUGGCUGCUUCUAGGGUGACAUGCUGAAGACUUCCAAAAGCAAAUCUCUUCCUGGGAGCAGGGUGCAUAAUUGCUAUUAAUAUGUCUUUAUAUGCUUGUGCUGAAGUUGAUUUGCAGCAUAUCUUCUGGGAUGGUCCAGGCUGAAGACAUUGCCAGAACUUAUCUCAGCCUCAAAAAUAAAAACAAAUAAACAAGCAAACAACAGAAAAGUAUUUUUCUAUCCCUUGCUAUUCAGUCAGAUAUCAACUUGUUGAGGAUUAUGCUGAGAACAAGCACUAUGGAUGGAGCAUCACAGAGAUGAAAGCAGUGGGUUCCUUUUCUUCCAGGAGAGAGAACCCCAUUUGGUUGAGCGAAUAUGAAAGAUCCCAUGCUCAGCAUUCAUAUACCCUCAACAGAAAGUAUUAGACAAAUUAAUUGCCUACUUCCCGUCGAUUGCAUUAGGAUAUCAUGUACCCUACACUGCUUUUCCAUAUGGACGACAGAAGGAUGAAAGCUUUUUUCUGAUGCAAAGUUCUUGUUGUUGACUUGAUUAAACUUACUUUAUGUGUAAGCCAUAGAUCAGCAAGAGAGAGUCUUCACAACGUAGAUAUAUUUCACCUAACUCUAUAUGAUUAGUUUUGUAGGCAGAAUCACUACAACAUCUUCAGGGUCUACACUUGCUUUGACCUGCUCAUAUAUCUAGCUUGAGCACUACAAUUUGCUUAGCAAAAGUAUGGGUUAUCAUUAUAUUAUGUAUCCAUUAGCUUGCCUGAUGUAUGGACAACAUAAAUCUUACCAUUCUGAUUUGCCAAGCUGUGAGGUUUGGUUUCUGGAAGUCUUCAGUUUCAAACUGGCCAGAAGGACAGUCACACAAUGGGGCUUUGGGCAACCUAUUCUAAUGGAUGGUGUUCCUGCCCAUGGCAGGGGCUGGAAUGAGGUGGUCUUUAAGGGCCCUUCCAAACCAAACCAUUCUGUCAUUCUAUGAUAGCAAAGUGCUGAAAAAUAAAGAUGUUUGUGUAAAUGUAAACAUGCUCACUGUUAACUGCAUAGCAGCUUGUCAACUAUAUGUGCUUUUCCUUUGCUGCACACAUUUCUAAAUAUCAGCUUUCAUUUGUGAUGUUUGUUCAUUGUUAUAAAAAGUCUGAUAGAUUUUCAUCAUCUAAUUUUAACUAGAAUAUUUGUUAUACAAAAUAUGAAAUGAGAUCUUUGUUCAGUCUAAAAGGCAGCUGUGUAAUUUCUUAUAGUUUAUGACAAUGAAUCAACAUGCUUAAUGUAUUUACAAAGUACAUAAGUAAGAUGUGAGUUUAAAAUGCUUUGUUUUGGAUUUCAGAAUGCCUCCCUUUCAUUUCAUGAUAAUGUUACCAACUUUGUAAUUUUAACCUCGUAACACUGGAGAGGGGUUUUAAAACCUUACAAAUCUUGUUACUUUAAAAAAGAAAAAAAGCACUGGUGUUUAGCCUUCCUAAUGUGUACGAAGAGACGCUCUUAUUUUAACGUUUGGAUUUUAUUUACCUAACUGCUCCUCCCUGCCAUGCUUAGCUCUCUCUGUCAGUUUUCUCUUUUGUCCUUGAUGAAAUACGGUACCUGGCCACUGUCCAGUGGGCACAGAGGCUGCGUUGCUUCACAAUGCUGCAUGGGAUCUUCCUGAUCUGCUGCUGGGAUGUAGAAGCCUGGACUUGCGCUCUGAAGUCAUGCAUUUUGGGGCAACCACAUCCUGUUUUGCAGACUUCUGUGGAGGUCUUCACUUUCUUUCAAGUUCAGCCAAAGUUUUGCAGCUGACGUGUAAAGAUGUACAGUAAGAAGUGAAUUAGUGCAGUGUUUAAAUGCAUUAGUAAAAAACACCUAAGAGCACAAUAACCUCCUUUCUCAUCUGUGUGAGGACAAUAUCAUUUGGUCUUUAUCUCUGACUCCACUGGAGAAUGGCCACAGAACAAAGCUCCUCUGGAUAUCCUACCAGCAGGCAGUUCCAUGCAGCUAUUUCUGACUGUGAAUGAGCAUCUGGAUCACCCCUGUGGCUCCCCCAUAUACCACCUUCAUGCUUUCCAGUAGGCCUGUAGUGAAGACACUUGAGGAGUGAUGACAACUCCAUGGUGAUGACAAGGAGGAAUCGUCCUUGGCUUCACAGGCCUGAGCCUUGGAGCUGAACGUGUGCUCAGAGUGAACCUGCAAACCCAGGGAAGAGCAUUUAGUGGCAGGGCAGGGCAAGUAUAUCCUACUGUAGCAGCUUGGAAGAAAGAGGUCAAAGGAAAAAUAGCUGAGCGUCAUUUGUGCUGCAUCCAUCUUGCAGACAACCUAUUCAUAAAGGUAGAAGAGAUUGCAGUGAAGUUGCCAAGAAUCACAUAAGGGAUGGGUGGAAUUGCUCUCUCAGUAUUCCCCCAACUCAGAGGCAGCGGCAGCUCCUCUGUGUCCCUGAUCUUUUAUCAAGCCUCCAGGCAGCAUAAAUGAAAUGAAAAUAAACUGUAUAUGCAUGUGCUUUUGUCCCAUGAUAAUCCCCAAGUGGGCAAAUGUAGGUGCACUCAUCUAAGUACCUUCAACCAUCUGCAGAUUUGGACUUCCACAGAUGCCUUUUUAGCUCCCUCCCUCCCUCCCCCCCGCCAAAAAAGAAGUGAAAAAGUGGAUGACGUCACUGAAAAAUAAUUUGUAUGAGAUGAGGGUGCAGGAUUAGAUCCUAAAAGUUUAGGAGAUGUUUGGUUUGGUGCUAGGUACUUUUCUUUGUAUUUUCAGUGAAAUGAAUUUUCUUCAUGGUCUGAUAUGACCUCCAUAGGAACAACAAAAAACACAGUUUGGUAUGUGGAUAUUUAUCUCCAAUAGCUGUUACUAAAAACCCACCUCAGUAGAAUUCACUUCAAAUUGGGUGCUAUAGGAGCUUCAGCACAAAAUGUAUGGAACAUUGCCUACUUAGAACGUAGUGGAUAAGUAUUUGCAAUUACAGACACUUGUUUAUUUUAACCAUUGUUUUAUAAUGGGAAAAGUAUUUAUUAGCAGAGUGGUUUUCUAGCAAUAUUCUCUCAAGGAAAGUUCUAGCAGCAGAUUGUGCUUGCAGGACAGCUAUUUGAUUUUCUGGUCACUGAAGAAGAACUGCAGACAUCCUCUAACCAGCAUGACCUUCUGAACAGAGAGGAUUAGAUCGAGCUCUGGCUUUCACCGAGUGGAUACGGUUAAAUAAGCUGUGCAGUUCAGCUCUGAAGGUAGCAAGAGCAGUUCAGUGAAACGACUGUAAUAUAUAAACCUGGAGUCAGUGCAUGCAGACUUCCAAGCUGGCACUGCUGAGCCUUGUUUGCUACACGAGUGGUUAUUUGGCUUGCUACCUUUUUGAAAUCAAUAUGGUUUUAUUAACAGCACUGCAGACACCAAAAUGCUGUAGUAUUGCAGAAUGUAUGCUCCAUAAAUUGUAGCUUGACUGUAAUUGCAGGGCUUGUGCUACUGUCAGAGCAGCUCAGAGCCAACACUAAGUUGCAUUUUGUAAAGUGAUAAAUGCCGUGACGUUCCCUUCAAUGUUUUGUAGGAGUAUACACAAGUUGUGUAAUUUAGUCAUACCCUUAUUCAAAGAAUCUUCAUCUGAUAUUUCUAGCCAACCCAGCUUUUGGCUGCUGAAAGCACAGUAGGUUAUUAUGGUUAUUUACAGUAAACGUAGAUGAGUUUUAUGUAAAUAUGUCAGGAGAAAAAAAUAUGUUACUUAAACGUAUGAGGCUGUUAUCUAAAAGUCAGAACAUAGGUCAAUGAUAUAAAAUGCAGCUUUCAUUUAUGUACAGCAGUAUCCUAAUAUUUGCUCCUUUACACGGGGGGAAAAAGACAUUUAAGAUUCUGGCCUGCAUUCUCUGAAAGCAUUUCAAAUUGGCUCUGCUAUUUUCUCCGGUUAAUGUAUUUGCAAAUGCCUUUUGAAUGGAUUGGAAAUCCAUGUCAAUUAUGUUGAAUGAGAAAUGCUACACUGCAGUGAAAUCAGUUGAAUUAAAAAAUCCUGGGAAAACAGAUUGGAUUGAAAUCCAUAUAAAAAUCCAGUCACCAGAUGGAAUAAAACACAAUAAAUAAGAUUUGUCUUUUU